AUGAAACAUUGUUUAAAGUUCAUUCAGAAACCUAACCAAUAUGGAAACAAACCUACUUUUGUUUCUGCAGACUAUGGAACUACAAUGAGAUGGGGUCAUAAAGCUAAUCCGGAUAGGUGGUUCAUAAACUUACAACCACAAUUCCAAGAAGUUGUAGACGCAAUGGAAGUGAAUGGUGAACCAGAUAUAGCUGGUAUUUUCAGCGCGGCUUUAAUGCCAUUGAAAGAUAUGAAAGAUGCAGAUAUUUUGGACCAGUAUGAAAUGAACAUGGCUGAUGGAAAUAUAACACCUGACGUUCUAAAACAUUUAUCUCAAAGAACUACACAGAACCAUAGAGAUGUUAUUUGGUGA